CAGCUGCCGCCGCCGCUGCCUGCGCGCGCAGGCUCCCCCUCCCUCGCUCCCUCUCCGGGCCCCCGUUCUCCCUCCAUCCUCGCGCCGCCGCCGCCGCCUCGCGCACACGCGCCGCUCUGGACCAGCCGACGCCGCCGCAGUCCCUCUCCUUAGCACCAAGUUUCACCACCUUCAGCCUCCUCCAGACCGGCGCGAGGGAGGCAUCCCCCUCGGCUCCCCCUCCCACGCCCCCACCUCCCCUUCACAACAACAACAAAAAAAAGCCUUUGCAUCUCCGAGCGCCUCCUGCUGCUCCCAGGUAUUGCAAAGGACAGCUAUGAAGAGGAGACUGACACUCUCCGAGAUGCAGUUGGUUCUUCUCGUUUUAUUGGUGUGGGAGCCAACAAGAUCAGUGCUGGCUGACUCCCAGGAAGAUGAAGCCAAGAACAAUAUUACCAUCUUUACAAGAAUUUUGGACAGACUUCUGGAUGGUUAUGAUAAUCGUCUCAGACCUGGAUUAGGAGAUAGUAUAACGGAAGUCUUCACUAACAUCUAUGUGACCAGUUUUGGACCUGUUUCAGACACAGACAUGGAGUACACUAUAGAUGUCUUUUUCCGUCAAAAAUGGAAAGAUGAAAGAUUAAAGUUUAAAGGCCCGAUGAACAUACUUCGACUGAACAACUUAAUGGCCAGCAAAAUCUGGACCCCAGAUACAUUCUUUCAUAAUGGAAAGAAGUCAGUAGCUCAUAACAUGACAAUGCCUAAUAAAUUGCUACGAAUCCAGGAUGAUGGAACUCUCUUGUAUACCAUGAGGCUUACAGUCCAAGCUGAAUGUCCAAUGCACUUGGAGGACUUUCCUAUGGAUGCUCAUUCAUGCCCUUUGAAAUUUGGCAGCUAUGCAUACACAACUUCAGAAGUGACCUACAUUUGGACUUAUAAUGCAUCUGAUUCAGUACAGGUGGCAGAAGAUGGCUCUAGGCUGAAUCAGUAUGAUCUUUUAGGCCAAACUAUUGGAAAGGAGACAGUUAAAUCAAGCACAGGUGAAUAUACAGUAAUGACAGCUCAUUUUCACUUGAAGAGAAAAAUCGGUUAUUUUGUGAUUCAAACUUACCUCCCCUGCAUCAUGACAGUCAUUCUUUCCCAAGUGUCAUUUUGGCUAAACCGAGAGUCUGUACCUGCAAGGACAGUCUUUGGAGUAACAACUGUACUUACAAUGACAACACUGAGCAUCAGUGCUCGAAACUCUCUCCCAAAAGUAGCUUAUGCAACAGCUAUGGAUUGGUUUAUUGCUGUUUGUUAUGCUUUUGUAUUCUCUGCAUUGAUAGAAUUUGCCACUGUAAAUUACUUCACAAAAAGAGGAUGGGCUUGGGAUGGAAAAAGUGUAGUCAAUGAUAAGAAAAAAGAAAAAGCAUCCGUCAUUAAGAAAAAUAAUGCUUAUGCAGUGGCUGUUGCCAAUUAUGCUCCAAAUAUUACCAAGGACUCGGUUCUACCAACAAUCUCCAAGAGUGCUACAACUGCAGAACCCAACAAGGCAAAACCAGAAGCCAAGCCACAGGAAGCAAAGAAAACAUUCAACAGUGUUAGCAAAAUUGACAGAAUGUCCAGAAUAGUGUUUCCAGUCUUAUUUGGUACUUUUAACCUAGUGUACUGGGCUACAUAUUUAAAUAGAGAACCUGUCCUACUUGGCUUUGCCCCAUCAACCUAAAAGCCAAAUUGCACUGGGGGUGUAUAGCAUCAUUAUAAUCAGAUAGGUUGGUUUCCUAUGUACAGUACGACUAAUAACUGCUAAUCUGUGAACCAAUAUGUACAGAAUGUAUAUAGAUAGCUUAUCUGUGUAUCUCCAAAGGAGGCACACUGUUUAUUCAUGGGAUUUGUAAACAGAUAGCACCCAUGGCAAAUAUAGCGAGCUCUUUAAAAGUUAUACCCAGGGGAGUUCUCUUAACCCAGGUUUCAAAUAUACAGAAGUAUAACCCCUCCCUGCAAGGAAAUGAAAAUAUGGUCCUGCAGAAUUAUUUAGGAACAGUAUUUUUUUAAUUUAAAGUUAAAAUAUUUUUCUAUAAAAUAACUGAUAAUAAUUUAAUGGAAGAACCUAUCAUUUAAAAAAGUGAUUUUUUAAAAAAGAUAAUUAUUUCAUAUAAUAGCAGUGCCCAUGUACAUAUAUAGAGUGGUGAGCUCUUGCUGUUCUCUUGUUCACAGCCAUUCUGAAUACUAUUUUUGCUUUUAAAAUUGAGUAAAGUUUACUAGAAUACUAAGGAAACUAAUUAUUUAGUUAUAGACCUUUGAAAUUAUUAAAGAAUGAUUUAAACUCAUGUUAAUGAGUAUAUGUUGUUUAGCAUCAAUCAGUGUCUGCUAGAAAACAUUUUGGUUUUCUUUUCAAUAUUUUUUCAAGUCGCUUAGCUCAUUUCCCUGUUCAGCAUGGUCAGGAAAGUCUGUUUGCUUGUUUGUUAGUUUUAGUUAUGUUUAUGUUACACACAUAAAUAUUGGUAAUGGACACUCCAAAAUGAUUCAGGGUUAAGUAUAUCAGAAAUAAAAGAUACUCUUUUUUCUGCUUAGUAAUAGGGUCAAAUCUGCCUUAAAUGGCUUCCUUAUAUCUGCCUACAGAAGCCAUUAUUUUCAGAGGAAACAACAGUUCAUGAUUUUAGUCCAAGAAGUUGUCCUAAGGGGCCAGAUGUAUUGCUGCUUUUGUAAAUUGCAACUUUACAUUUCACUGACAUAACUUUACAAUUUGUAUACUAAAAAUGGUUUUGCUAAGAUUUGAAUUUUUAAUAUGCAUUUAUGCAUCAUCAGUAAUUGUCAACAAUUUCAUAUAUGCAAAAAUAGCAAAAUCAGAGCUGCCAUUUGCAAUUUUAUAGGACUAUUUAAUACCUAUCAGUAAAAUUUACUUUUUCUCUGAACCUUUGCAGAUGUUCUUUAUGCCCCUAAAGGCCUGGUAAAUCAUAAUAUAAAAAUAAUUGUGUACUAUAUCUAGAUUUUAAUAUACUCGGCCAAUCAAAAAUAUUUUGAUUCACAUAUACAUUAGCAGUUAUUAGUUGACAUUUUAAAAGCGAUGCACCCUUACGAUGGUGUGUUUAUAGUAGAAACAUAUGUAGUCGUAUAGUGUCAUUUAUUGCAGUUUUGUACAGUACUUGAGUCUAGUGCAUAAAAUAGGUAUGUUCAGAGUUUAACAAAGGUGUACAAAUAUUUCUAAAAAUGAAUAAAAGACUUAUCUUAAUACAUGGAAACAAUGACAAAAUCUGACAUUGCUUUUAUUUUCUAUUUUAUUUUCUUGUAUUUUUUUGGUUUUUUUAUGUGAAUCUAUUUUGUGCUUUGCAUGAUAGUAUAGACGCCAAGGUCACAAAUGCAUUUUAUUAGUAGAAUUUAAAGUAAAGACAGACCUGAACAAUAAUUAAAAAUAUAUAUUCCCUAACACAUAAAGGGGAGAAACACUAAUGAAAUGUGUAUUCCCUUAAUUCUUCCAAUCAAAUUAUCCUUAUUCAUCAACAUUAUUUGAAAAAUGAGCACUUUACUUGAAACAUUAAAAUAGAAAUAUUCUUAUUUUCAUAUAUAUUUAUAUAUAAAUGUAGAUCUUCCAUGUAAUGAAGAGAUGUGUGCAAUAGUCUGAUAAAGUGUAUGAGGUUUGAAGGCAAGCAAUAAAAAGUUUUUUUCAUAAUAUAUACAUUUUUAAAAUGUUUUAUUUGUAAAGUAUAAAUGAUCCCUUUAAUGCCAUACUGUCCAGGUAUAAAUAAAUAUAUAAAUAUGUAUAUAUGUAAAAUAUUUGUAAAUAUUGGUCCUGUAGAGGAAUCCUUUCACUUUUAUCUCUGUUUUUGGCAAAGGGCUCUGACUGUAUAGUUAUAGGAGGCCCAUGCUUAUCUAUUCUUGGACUCUGACAAGGUUGAUUACUGUUUUUCUGUAUCUUAUAGCUCUGUCAUGCAUCCUGAUGAGAGCUCUUAAUUGCCAUUAACUUCAACAAGAGUUAAGGGCUCAGAACUUUCCAGGAUUAGGCUGUUAAAGAGUAAGGUCGGUAUGCUACCCAGGACUGCAAUCCCAGAUAGUUUAGCUUUUCACACUUAAGAAGAGUUUAGGUGAAUUGUUAACUGUUUGAAUACAGUGAAGUCAGGAGAACUGCAUCCUUUUAACAGAAUAGAGGCCGUGUUAAAAGUGUCUGACUUGCAUACUCAAACAAAUCACUUCUGUCCUCUGAAAAAUAACAUGCAUAAGUGAUAGCUGUACAUUAAAUACAUAAACCAUUUACUUAAACUUGUGCAAAGGCUCUGAUUCUUUUUUCACCUAAGUCCAUGGGAGUUAAUGUUACAGGAACAACUACCUAAUUCACAGAAAAAAAACACCUUCUAGACAUAAGUUAUACCCCAGGUAAAUCCUAUAAACAGCAGCCAUAAAUCAGUCAGUUAAAAUACAGAAAAAUAAAUUACUCAUUAUCACUUACGUAAAUAUGCCUUCAAAUAUCUGUGUGUACCACCUACUCAUGUCAGCCAGCGGGAUCUUUCAAGGACAUAUCUGACAGGCUCAAAAUUUCAAUUUGUCUGUCUAUAAUCCAUUUAGGCAUUUAGAAUCAAACUGGGAUGCCUGAAAAUUAGAUUCCUAAAUCCAUAUUUAAGUGCUUUCAUGGGUGUUGCACAACUGGGAAUUCUGGUCAAUCAAUAGGCUUCAUGGAUACUAAUUGCUUUCAAACAUCAAACUGCUUGUAUUUUAACAAACUUUAUUGUGGAUUUAGAAGCAUAAAAUUGAGUCUUACUCCCUAACUUCUGUUGUUUCCUAGUUUAUUUUCCUCCCUAUCCUAGGGUUAUGCAAACAAUUUCCCUGGCAAAGCAUUAAUUACAUAAUCUUAAAAAAAGACAAUAAUUUCACCUUAAAAAAAUGUAAUAUAAGAUUGUGGGAAUAUUGGACUGGAAUCAACAUGAUUUCAAGCCAGGAGUUCGCUUUCUGAUAUAGGACUGUAUCAUGUACUCCUGAAUUCACAUGGCCAGAAAAGAGCAGUCAACUAUGGCUGCGACUACAGCAGACCCUGACUGCACAGUGGCUUGUUAUUACUGCGCAGUAGUGUCAUGUGACAGGAUGCAUAUAACAAGCUACUGCACAGUAGUAGUAGUAGUAAUGAGCUACAGCAGUCAGCAUCACCUAAAAGCUGUUUGGCAAGACUAUUGCACAGUAACUCUAGUAACUGGAGUUACUGUGCAGUCAUUUAGUACUUGUUUAUACUUAUACAAGUACUAAAUGACUGUGUAGUAAGAACUGCACAGUCAGUGUCUCAUGUAGACAUGGCCUAUGAAGAGCAAUUUGAAAAUAGGGGUAAGGAAACCUGAGGAUUACUGGGUUUAUCAGCAGUGGCACCCUCUUUUUCAUAUGGAUUUGUUCUAAAAUGUUGGCUUUCAAAAUUCUUGAUAUUUUCAAAGUGUAAAGUAGUAUCUUUUUAUGUAUGUCUUGAAUUAAGUUGGCCACUCCUGAGCCACUGUCUCAUUUUCCUGUUCUCACAAUCUUCCACGGCUGUUUUCCUUUUUUGUUUUUUUCUCUUAUUCAAAUUGGCUACCAUCACCUUCCAUUAUGUUUAUGGUCGGAAACUACAGAAUGCCUUUAUGAAAAUUGAUUUCUUUAUGGACUCUAUGUAGUUUGGAAAAUGGGUCAAAACUAUGAGGGAUUGAGUAGAUCAGGGUGGCCAAUAUGUAGUAUGCAUGCCACAAGGGGCACUGUCAGCCUGUGUGUGUGGCACAUGGCAGAUUGUGGAGGGAUCAGAAAGCAAAGUAGCAGAUUUGGCAGGGAGUACAGGGAAGGAAGCAUAAAGCAGAGCAGCAGAUCAGACAGGCAACACAGGGUAGGGAGCAGAAAGCAGAUUAGGCAAGGGAAGGAAUCAGUGUCAUUUGGGAGUGGUCCAGAGUAAAUUUGUGUCACACCUGCCAAAAGUUUGGCCUCCAUUUGGAGUAAAUAGUCUGGAAACUAAAUUGCAGGCAGAAGCAACCAUAGGAGACUAAGGAAUAAUCAGAGGGGGGAGCACUAUGGAAAGACAGGGAAAACGUGGGAGCAAUUGAACAUAGGGGUUAGUAGGAGACUGGAAACAUGAAAAGAUUGAGGGGAAGAGCAAACUGAGUAAUUGGAGGAGAGAAAUUGGAAAUAUGUGGGGAGGGAAGAAUGGACGACCGCUCCAUUACUUCAGAACUAAGAAGAUGGUCAGUGGAGUAUUCUGUAAACAGCCAGUGGGGGAAGGUAGACGUGUGUGUGUGUGUGUGUAUUUAAGUUUGAAUUUAGAGCUUGUAAUUAGGACACAUGAAUUCUACAGAGAGAGUAUCCUGUUGAUGGUUCAAAUGAAAGCCAAAAAAACAAGGAAUAUUUUUAAAAUCUCCACAGCUUUUGUAAUCCAGUUCAUAAAUUUGAAAUGUAUAGGUUGGCCAUGUCACUACCUGGUUCAAAAAAGGAAUCUACUUAAUAUUGGACUUUUUUCUGCCUCUGCAACUCCUGAAAAGAAAAGAAAAUUUCAAAAGUGCAAUAGAAUCCUCUUAAUUUCCCCUGUAUUUUCCUCAGCUUUUGACAUUCUGCCCCUAUGCGAAGGAUCAGCACAGGUUUUUCAAACAACUUUAGAAGCCUUAAAUCAACACUCACUAGUGCACAGGUCUUUUAUUGGCCCUUUGCAGAGUAGUAAGUUUCACUUCUUGAGGGGAAAAAAAAAAAUCUAUUCAUCUGUACUUUUAGAAAAUGCACUCCCACCUUCAAUGCUCGUGUAAAAAGGAAUUUCGUGUCUAGAUAUGACAUUUAAAUUAAAACAAUAUAAUGGGUAAAUAUGUGGCGCACACUUCCAUAGUUUAGAUGAGCACACUGAGCUACAAGGCAAGAUACAAGUAGGAAAAAAUAUCAAAUGAGCAUUAAAGGCAGAGCCAAGAAAGUUAUUCAAUUCUUCCUUCAAAAAUAGUAGGAUAAAUAUGAAAACAUAUAAACAAAUCUAAAUACAGUGCAUCAUUUUUGCAAUGGUACAAUUUGAUGACGCGCGCACAGAAUUCUAAAUUUUUGUUUACAAAAAGACUUUUUUUGUAAAUGCAGACUUAGUCAGAUAAAGUUUCAAAAAAUAUCAGUAAAUAUGGUUCCUAAUAAGAGAAUGUAUGAGUUGAAAAGUGUAGUGCAUUGUUUUCCCCAUAAGCCAAUGCAUCUUCUCUUGGGACAGUAUUCUCAAUAUAAUUGUAAGCAUCAUUUUACAUUAUUUCUGAUUACUCUAUUAAAUAAGGUUUUUAGUUGCAAGGAAAAUUUAACAAUUGGAAAACAUUAUUUAAUAUUCUGAAUUAGGAUUUUUAUUUAGGUUCAUAAGUAUUUGGGACAAUCUAUGAGACAGUUGGUGUAUCAUCCAGUUCACUGUUUCAUAGCUACAGCCGCAGAGGUCAAACAAUGAGAGGCUUUAAUUUAGGAAUGGCUGGUAGUGUACCUUUCUGAGUAUAAUUACAUAUAAAAUUCAUUUGUUUUAAUUUUGUCUUUCACUUUCUUUUCAGAUGCCCCCUUUAAAGCAGCUUAGACCCCAUUUUUUGCCCUCAGGACCACUUGGAUAGAGCUUUGUACUGAAGUGGUUCUCGGUGUGGAAAUGGGUCUUUACUUGAAAUGUGCUUGGACUUUGAGGGCCUUAUCUUGUUUACAUUGAGAAAACUCCCAUUGACCUUAGCUGAAAGUGAGCAGUCUCUUAAAAACCAGUCCCUGCAGCACUGGAAACGAUGGGAGGCCAGGCAGGUCCUCUGUAGGAGAGAGCUGCUCAAUUCUUUAGCUUUUCAUGCUGAGAAAAUGAGCCCUUCAAUAGAAAAAGGAAACACAUUUGAAAUUGGGUCUUGAUUGCCUUUGGUUCCUCCAGUACUACCUUGAUGUAGAUUUAAGAGUACUGUGAGUGUGUCAUGGAUUAUAAACAGGUAAUAACACCUGCAGAAUGGAAUUUGAAAUGCAUUUUAAAAUAUGCAAGUUUAUUUAUGCCCUUUUCCUAGUGCUAGUGUCUACAUAUACAGACAUAUACAUAUUUUUAAUGUGUAAUGAUUUAUCACUUAAGCUCUGCUUUGAAAUGUUAUUUGCUUAUGUUACAUAACUUUCUGAAUUCUUCACACUACCAACUGACCUGGAGCUCAUAUAUAUGCAUUAUAGGCACUCAGAGAUUUCACUAACUGAUUUUGGAAACUAAUGAUGAAGGGAGGUGAGCUUCAAUGGGCUUUCUGACCAUAUUUUUUUCCAGUAUCGCAUAUAUAUUUUAGGCUUUUUGAGAUUGAUACAUAUGUAGAAUGAGCCAAGAUGUUGUUUUAAUCCACAGCUUUUGAUAAUUAAUUAUUAAAUGUUCAUUUUGGCUGCAUUUUUCAGUUACAAGGCUAUUGUAUCUCAGCUUCAGCACCAAAUGCAACUUAAUACUUUACAUCUAUUUAUUAUAAUAGAUUUGUACAAUGCACUACACACACACACACACACACACACAUACACACCAUCAGUUAAACAGCUGCUAAACAAAAAACCCAAAUAUGUCACUUUAUUAAAAAUGGUUUGAAGGCACUUUAACCAAAGUAAUUACACUAAAUAUUGACGCACUUGCUUUUAACAAGUAAAAUUAGAAAACAAACAAGAGCUGUGAUUCAGAGAGAAUUGAUUACUAGCAAUUUCUCAAACAAACUAGAAUCAUCAUACUUGAUAGCAAGCUGACUUCAAUGUGUCACCUGGGCUUGAAAAUGUAUGAGAGCUUGAAAAUAGAUGCUUAAUGUAUAUUGCCAAGUAACAGGGAAUAAUAAGAAUGGAGCUGAUGCAUUAAAAAUAUUCACAAAUUAAUAUAAAGCACAUGCACAAUAAGAAAUUGCAUGAUAAAUGUUAGUAUACUUAACCUUGAACAUCAACAUCAUAUAAAAAACUUCUGGGUGACAAUUCACUUAUUUAGUAGGUUUCAUAGAUAUAAAAAAAAUAAAAUAAAGGGAUGAUAAUAUUCUGUAAUUUGUGACCUUGUUUUAAUUGGAAAGAGUUGUUACUUUUUUAAAAGUGUAAACAAAAUAACUUGACCUAUGUUUGAAUGUGUCACUUUGCUUGCUGUAAAAGAAUAUUUAUUAACCACAUGCAAAAUAUUGCUUAACAUUAUCUUUUUGUACUUCUUAUUAAAAGUUAAUUUAAAUAUAC